UCGCGCCAUCAUUAAUACUUUACCAUACGUCCAUACGCACCUCUGGUCGUUUAAGUGGCGCGCGCUUGUGCUCGCCAUAGGAAUCCCAUCAUAAAUCACACGAACUAGAAUUAUCAUAGAUUCAUAUUUUGUGUGGAUGGGUGACAUCUCAGCUUCCUACAUACACAUGGUCCAACAUCUUAUAGAAAAGUGUUUGAUCUUUCAAAUGAGCAAAGAUGAGUGCAUGGAAGCCCUUUCUAAACAUGCAAACAUCAAAGCAGUCAUCACCUCCACUGUGUGGAAUGAGUUAGAGAAAGAGAACAAGGAGUUUUUCGAGUCCUACACGCAGUCUCAGUCGCAGCCUACAAACACGCCAGAUUGGAUAUCUGAAACCGAGACAAAUCAACCGAUACAGAAGAUAAUAUAUGACAAUCAAGUAGAUAGUUCAGACAGCAAUGACAAGUAACAACCAUACAUAUACAACAGUCUUUAGUAUAUAUAAGUAUAUAACUCGCUAGUUGCUUACAUAUAUAUCUCUAGCCAACUAGUCGUUUGACGAAUAUUCAACGCGCCAUGGGCCCCACCCGUGGUAUGAUAAGAAUAACUUAUGUGUAUAUUCCAUUAUUCCAAAUCUGCAUACCUGAAUUAUGAACUUUGGUCCUGGAAUCUUUGUGAACCGGUUUUGUUUGAUUUAUAAUUUGUUUU